CUGUAACCCUAGAACGUCUCCUAACGCCACAGCGAAGGCUUAUCAGGUUCUCCCUGGCAUCCUUUUUCCUAGGUCUUUCGUACUUCGUGGUCCAGAAUGUUCCGCCAGAAGCGUUUGUGUUGCGGAGAAAAGUUCCGAUAGUACCCUCAUGCGUUGCGAAGCUUGUGGUUUAGGUGCAGCCUAGGGCUUCUUGACGUGGAUGGCGAUUUCGUGUAAGAAGUAGGUGCAAGGUCUAGGGCAACGAUCUGUGUAAAGGCCCUUCUAAGCAGGCAGCGCUCGACGGUUGAAAGCAUAUACGGUGCCAUACUCGUAGUUUUCCAGUAGUUCCUCGGUUUCCGCUUGUUUCGAGGCUCCUCCAUGCAUCCAUUGCAGUUAUUUGAUCCUCCUUAACGACGUUCACAAAAGCUUCAGCGACUUAACAUCCUCCUUAACGACGUUAGACUCACCAGAGCAGUAGCUGUUACCUUGUAACAUGGAUCCAGCAACCUGCAACAGUUGGGAGAGGGCGUCACAAUCGUCCGAUCACUACCAUCGCGAUGACGAUUACCAGGACAACCACGGCAACGGCUGGGACGAAGAACCCAGAGGGUCUAGUUGGGAGCGAGAAAACACUGUAGAUAGACAGCAACGGCAGCAGCGGCAUCAGCAGCACCAUCAGGAGCAGCAGUGGGAAGAGGAUGACCACGUAGGAGAGCAGGAGCGGCGAAGACCGCAAAAGGAACGGGAAGCGAAGCCGACGAGAAAAAAGAAAGAGAAGGAGAGCGGGGGUAGUAGCAGCAGCAGUGGUCAUAAGAAGGCAGAGUCAAACGGACCGACAAUACCCGAAGAGUUUAUGUGUCCGCUCUCGCUAACCGUCAUGACUGACCCCGUUAUAAUCGCAUCCGGCCAGACGUACGAGCGUGCUUCAAUCGAGAGGUGGUUCGCAGAGGGUAAGCGGACGUGCCCCAAGUCUGGCGUGCGGAUCGACCAUACAAACUUCUGCCCGAACUUCGCCCUGAAAAGCAUGAUCUCUGAUUGGAUGGCGCAAGGUUCGGGCGGCCAUUCUUCAGCUGCCCGUCCCAGUACUGCCCCGGCGAAAAAAUCCACGGUAAAAAGCUCCUCGAAAACCAGCCAGUUGCGGCCGAAAACACCACCUCCCCCUUCACUAAUGGCGCCUCGAUCGGAGACCGGCCCAGGCGAACAGGACCUCGAACGCCUGUCCGACGGCGCCGUGCGAAAGAAAAAGGUGGUUAAGAAGAAGAGCGCGGACGGCGGGGAGGAGAGCAAGGUGGAGAGAGGGCGGAAGGCGUCAGGCUCGGGAAGCGGUAGCGGUUCGGACGCCGGUGCUAAGGCUCGGGCGAGGUCCGUGAGCCCGCUUCCGUCGAACCUAUCGAAGAAAAUGGCGGCGCUGGGCGGCGGAGACGGUCAGGUAGGCGACGGGCCGACGGAUAUUAAAGCCGUAUGGGAGAGUAUAGCCGCGCAGGGGAGCAAGCCUAAGAAGGCCGGCGGCGGUCUGCAGCGGCACCUGUCGUACUUCCCGCGAGGCGAGGACGGGUUCGGCUCCCCCGCCGACGAUGAUGACGAUGACGUGGGGGGAAAGCUUUCCACGGGGAUUUCCGCUCUUAAGUUAGGGCGCGCGGGCGGCGGCGGAGGAGGGGGAGGUCCGGGGAAGAUAUCGGAUCUUAUGAAAGGUCGGAGUAUGAAGAUGACGAGGAAGCAGCGGGACAAGCUACUAUCGGAGAUAGGAGCGGAUGGGGUGAAAGGGGGCGGCGCGGGGCUAAGGCCGUCCCCGUCGGUGGGGGACGAGGGGGAAGCCGCGCCGCCGUCGCUCCGCAGCAGCGCGAAGAUGCGGUCCCAGUCGGAAACGGGCAGGAAGGUGAAAAAGUCGGAACGGGACGCGGACAGGGCGGCAGGCGGAGGAGGGGGCAGGGGGGACGAGGAGUACGGGGGGCGCGGGGAGCACCUGGCGCCAGGGGGGAGAAUGCUGGUGGGAGGAGGAGGAGGCGGGGUAGGCGGAAACAUGUCCCCGCUGCCGCAGCGUCCGGGGUCGGUGGGGCAUGGACGGGUCCCGAGCGUGAGUAGCAACAGUAGCGGGAGCAGCACGGGUGGGCGGCGGCACUUCGGCAUGGAGUCGACCGACGGUAGCAGCGCCAGCGCCAGUGGGGGCAGGCGCCAGUUUGCCGCUAACCCCGGCGACGAGCGCCCCAGGACCUCGGGCGCCGCGUUCGGCGGCGGGGAGUACGGGCAGGGCGGGCCGAGUGGGGGAGAGCCGUGGAGGGGGGCGGGGCAGGGGCUGGCGCCUAGCAGCAGCAGCGGGGGGAGGCCUAAGGGGCUCCGGAAAGGCGUGCUAAAAAACGCGGCUGGCGCUGCUGCCGCUGCUGCUGGCGGCGGUGGGGGCGGGGGCGGAUAUGGGGGAGGGCAUGGGCAGGGUUUAGGGCAGGGUAUGGGGCAGGGGCAGGGGCUAGAGCGGCUGACGUCAUCCAUCCCGCAGUGGCAGGCGGACAUUGAAGCCAUGUCGGCCGGCAGAACGUUCCGAAAGUCGCCGACCAACCCGUCGCCGCACCUGCAUGACGUGGACGUGGAGAGCACCCAUUCGGCCGGCAGGGCGUUUAGAAAGGCGACUACGAACCCGACUAUGCAAGAUGUUGAUAUGGGCUAUGGCCAUGCCACCGGGGGCGGCGCUACAGGCGUGCCCAGGCUGCAGCGGAACAGCAGCGCGCGCAGCACGUGCAGCAUGAUGAGCAUGCCGGGCGGCAGCAAUGAUGACCCGGGCGGUGCGCCGGUCCGCCGCGACAUGAACCCCAUGGUGGAGGCGCUCAACUUCGGGUCAGGUGUGGACCGGCGGGCAGCGGUGCGAGACAUCCGGGCAGCGAUCAAGGGCUGCCCGGAAAACAAAGCGCAGCUGGUGCAGCUGGGGGGGAUCGAGCCGCUGGUCGAGGUGAUCGAAUCGGACGACCUGGAGGCAGCAGAACACGCCGUUGCUGCCCUCAUGAAUCUCUCCCUCCACUGGAACGCGUCAGGGGAGAUCGUGCGAGCUGGGGGGAUCCCAGCCCUGGUAGGGAUGUUGAACCACGGUACUUCAGCCUCCCAAGGCAACGCGGCUGCCACUCUGUUCGCGCUUUCUAAGGAGGAUGACCACAAGCUCAUGGUGCGGGCGUCAGGCGCCAUCCCCGCACUUAUCUCCCUCCUCAAAACCGGCACGGUGCGUGCGAAGAAGGAUGCGGCGCUGGCGCUCUUCACCCUCUCUACCCAAGUCCGCUGCGCCCGAGACAUCCUUAAAGCUGGAGCAGUCGAGGUCCUCCUAGGGAUGUGUGGUUCGGGGGACUCUUCCGACCCUCCCCCUCCCGGCCUGGAAGAGAAAGCCACGGCGGUGCUAUCCAACCUGGCUCGGUUCCCCGAGGGGUGUCAGUCGAUUGUGGAGUGCGACGGGCUCACCAUGUUCGUGGACCUGUUGGACGAGGGGUCGUCGGCGCGGGUGAAGGAGGACGCGGCGUCGGUGCUGCUGCAGCUGGCGGCCAUGGGUUUUGUGACGUACGGGGACCUGCUGGCGGAAGGCGUGUUGCCGUCGCUGGUGCGCGUGUCGCAGACGAGCGCUGAGAACUCGGAGGCGAAGACGCUGCUGCAGAUACUCAGGCAGCACUGCGCUGAGAACAAGCGGUGAAAGGGGCAAGAGGUGCAACGCGACGCCACCAUUUGGUAACAUGAUGCCCUUGGUGCUGUCUGCAGUGCUGCUGCCACGUUUCCUUGGCUGAUAGGUUGGCUGUUUCGUCCAGAUCGCAUCAGGAGCAACUCUGCAGUGUGCAUGGCUGGUGGUUUCAUGGGUGGGCUAUCUGGAGGAUCACCUGUUUCGAUGGCACACGCAGAAUAAUUCAUUUGUUUUGUGACCUUAACUGCGUAGUCAACUAGUCUGUUGGAUGGGUUUAUUUAUGUGCACCAUCUGUGCAGUAUGUGAGCUUCAUGAAGCGAGGAGACUGGCUUCAGUUCUUUAUUCCAGCUCAGGCAUCUUUUCAUUAUUAACUCCAUAUUCUGC